AAACAGACAGACACAUAUUCUCUCGCACUACAAAACCGAGGAACAACAUCAGAGAACCCAAAACAACAACAACAAUAUUAACUCACCCCCCCUCCUUUUCCUCUUUCAAUCAAUAACACACACAUUGUUCUGCACUUCGUCUCCUUUAACUAUCACACAACACAUUAAUCCUGCUUUGUAUGCAUCUGCCUAAAAUAUCUUCUAGAUAGCUUUGUUACUUUAAUCACUAUUCGUCAAUGUCUCUAAUGUUAGACAACAGUGUUUGUCAUGACAAUGUAUUACUAUCUCUAGAUUCAUCAACAACUUCAUUGUCACAAAAAUCAGUUCCAGCUCCAUUUCUUACUAAAACUUAUGAACUCGUAGAUGAUCCGUCCACUGAUCAUGUUAUCUCAUGGGCUGAAGAUAAUACUACUUUCGUCGUUUGGCGUCCACCGGAAUUCGCUCGUGAUCUUCUUCCUAAUUUCUUCAAACAUAAUAACUUCUCCAGCUUUGUUCGUCAACUCAACACAUAUGGUUUCAGAAAGAUUGUACCAGAUAGAUGGGAGUUUGGAAAUGAAUUUUUCAGGAAAGGAGAAAAACAUUUGUUAUGUGAGAUUCAUCGAAGAAAAACGAUCACCAUUUCUCAUCAUCAUCACCAACAAAAUGGCCAAGUUUCUAUGAACAAUUACUACAACCCUCAUUCAUCGAUUUCGGGUAGUGGCGGGCUAUGUUUUGGUGCAUUUCCUAGUGCUCAACUACUUAAUAUCUCGAAUUCUGAUUCAGAUGAGCAAGCCAUGAUGAACCGAGCAAGUGAUCACCUGUCUCCCAUCUCGUCUCCGCGAGUUAUAAACUCUGUUUCGACGUUAUCCGAAGAAAAUGAGAGACUUAGACAGAGUAACUCUAUGUUAAUGUCUGAACUUACUCAUAUGAGGAAGCUCUAUAAUGAUAUUAUUUACUUUGUACAGAACCAUGUGAGAUCUGUUCCUCCGCCUCUACCUCCAAGUAGUAAUUCUUCACCACUUCUCGGGUUUCAUAACCAUCAGUACUCAAGCUCAAAUCAAGUAGCUCAUCAUCAACAAGUACUUAAAGAUCAAAGAUUCACCUCCACAACAACUACUACUAGUCAUCCAACUGCUACAACUACUAAUAGUAGUAAUUCAAACAGUACUUCUUUAACAAUGUUAGAAGAGAUCAGCGAUGACAAUGACAAUGACAAUCAAAUGAAACUGUUUGGUGUUCUUCUCCCUCAAUCUAAGAAAAGAUCACAUCCUGAUCAGCCAACAUCUGUUACUAUUAAGAGUAGCAAAGCUAGAUUAGUUCAAGAUCAUGAUUUAGGUUUAAAUCUCAUGUCCUCUUAUUCUCCAUGUUAAUUAACAACUUCUGUCUAUGCAGCAUGCUUUAGUCUCUCUCUUUGGUAGGGCACUUAGCUGCUUGGAUUUAGUUGAUCUGGGUAGUGAGAUUUUGGAUAUGUGUCCGUAUAUAUGUUUUGUUUGAGCUAAGGAGAAUUUAUUUCUGUGUAUAGAAGAAGUACUUAGCUAGUGUUGGGCAUUAUUAUGAACAUGAUCAUGUUUUUCCUCAAAGCAAUGAAUGAAAAUGGUGGGUCUCU